GACUUUUAGCAGUGCCAAGUUACCGUACGGAAAGCGCGGAAAUACCGUACCGGCCGCAGACUGCGCAUGCGCGCGCUUUACCGUACGUAAACAUUUUCCGCGCGGUAUACGAGACGGUAAGUAGUGUCACGUGGGUCACGUGCGCACCGAGUUUCGCGAACCAAGACAGUCCAAGCCAAGACACAGCUCACACUACGAAAUGGCGUCCACCAUGGAAUGCGCACCAUGUGUGCCCGUUUCUCGCGUGCGGUUUACGCGGACUGACGACUUGAUAUUACUUCAAGUCGUCAGCGAGUUUCAGCCAGUGUGCGACCCGAUGAGGUGGCAAAAAGUCGCCAAAGUCGUCGAGGAAAAAACGGGCAAGCCUUGUACAUCUCGCCGCGUUAGAGAGAGGUUCGACCUCCUCCUCAUUCAAUUUCGCCGCAAGGACAGUAAGAACCGUGGCAAGUCGGGUGUGGAAGAAGUAGUUGACGAAUUCGAUCAACUACUACAGCACAUCUCCGACUUGGCCAGAGAGUGGGGAUACAAGCCGCGCGCAGUGGACCGCCAGAGUAGGCAGCGAAAAGCCUGUCAAAGCGCCGCAGAAAGCGACGCACCGACUGCAGCGCACACGCAGCCUGCUGCAGCCCAGUCGGUGCGUACUUCAGCUGCAGCAGAACGCAAAGCCAAGGCUGUGCGGGCCUUCUCUGCUACUCCGGAAUCCGCCACCGGCGGCCAGUCCUGCUUCGAAGUAUUGUAA